AUGACCGAACAGGAAGACUUUGCCAGCUUGGCUGGACACUGGAACGCCUCUGAUGCCCACCAGUUCAGCCUGGCCAGUGUCAUCGUCCCUGUCGUCUUCUCCUUGAUCUUUCUUCUGGGCACCAUCGGCAACAGCCUAGUCCUGGCCGUGCUGCUGCGGAACGGGCAGGUGGGGCACAACAGCACCAACCUCUUCAUCCUCAACCUCAGCCUGGCAGACUUCUUCUUCAUCAUCUGCUGCGUGCCUUUCCAGGCUACCAUCUACUCCCUGGAGGGCUGGGUCUUUGGGUCGUUCAUGUGCAAGGCUGUCCACUUCUUCAUCUACCUUACUAUGUAUGCCAGCAGUUUCACCCUGGCGGCCGUCUCUGUAGACAGGUAAUGGAGACCCCUGCACUAAAAAAUAAUAAUAGGAGAUCCCGAUUCAUCUAGUCCAACUCCCUGCAGUGCAGGGAUUUUUUGCACGGCGUGGGGCUCAAACCCACAACCCUGAGAUUAAGAGUGUCAUGCUCCACCAACUGAGCAUUUAUAUCCCACCUUUUGCUCCAAGGAGAUCAAGGUGGCUUACAUGGUUUGCCCUGUUCCUCAUUUAACCCCCAUGGCAACUCUGCAAAGUGGGUUAGGUUGAGAAGCAGUGACUAGCCCAAGAGAGCCCCAGUGAGUUUCAUGGUUGAGCAGGACUUUAAACCGUGGUGUCUCCCAGGUCCUGGUCUGACACGUGGGUGGCACUGUGGUCUAAACCACUGAGCCUCUUGGGCUUGCUGAUCAGUAGGUCAGCGGUUCAAAUCCCCCCAACGGGGUGAGCUCCCGUUGCUCUGUCCCAGCUCCUGCCCAACCUAGCAGUUUGAAAGCACACCAGUGCAAGUAGACAAAUAGGUACCGCUGUGGCGGGAAGGUAAAUGGCGUUUCCAUGCACUCUGGUUUCCGUCACGGUGUCCCGAUGUGCCAGAAGCCGUUUAGUCGUGCUGGCCACAUGACCCGGAAAGAGGUCUGAAAGCGAGAUGAGCGCAACAACCCCAUAGUCGCCUUUGACUGGACUUAACUGUCCAGGAGUCCUUUACCUUUUUUCAGUCUGACACUCUAACCCUAGACCACACUGUCUUGCUGCUUGAUGCUGGGCGGUGGUGGUGAGGCUGAGCUAAAAUAAGAACUUUGCACAAAUUCAGAUCUCUCCUCUACCCCCGCCCCCACCCUAUUUCAGUCCCUGAAAUUUCAGUCCCUAAUUUAUAAAGUUCAGUAUUGGAGGAAUUAUUAGUAGUAUUAUUAAAAACAUAGUACAAUAUGAUAAUAAAAUCAACUCUGCUUUUGUCAGAUUUUUCUAUAAAUUAUGAGUAACUGAAGCAUAAAUGUAUCCCCCCCUUUGUCUCUUUGUAACCUUGCAGAGCAGAACCAUCAAAACAGCUUGUAGUUUAAAUCAAAAUGAACUAUUAAACUCUUCUCAUAAUGUUGUCACCAAAGUUACUCAGAAAAGACUCACUGAAAUUGGAUCCAUUAAUGGGCUUACUCUGAGUAGAAUUUGUUGCACACAACCCAUACAUUUGCAUGUGGUUUUGCAAAUAUAUAUGCUAUUUUGCCUAUGUUGUCUCUUUAAAUUUAUGUUUAUAAUCUGAUUAUUAAUAAUUUAACUAAAUACGCUACAUGUAUAAAUAAACAGAAACAACAACAACAACAAUAAAUUAGUAAAACUUGCUUUGCCACGUUCGAUAUUUUACUCCCAAUUCAGUAAAAAUUUGAGUAACCCACAAUGCAGCCUGCAGGAGGGGUCCUAUUGCUGGAACCCAGGGGUCCCUGGCCUUGUUUCCCCCUCCUCUUUGUCCUCACUACCCGCCUGUCUUCCCUCCUCAAAUGUGCAAACAUGGGAUUGCAAACAUAAUGCAGUUGUUAUACAGUAUUUAGUGUUUUAUUUUGUGCAACCAUUUGAAAUAAAAGGAAUAAAGCUUGGAGCAUGUUUGGACAAUGUGCAUUUAGGGGCUUGCUGUUUUGCAUUGGCUUACAAUGCCUUCGUAAGGGACGCGGGUGGUGCUGUGGGUUAAACCACAGAGCCCAGGACUUGCCGAUCAGAAGGUCGGCAGUUUGAAUUCCCGUGACGGGGUGAGCUCCCGUUGCUCAGUCCCUGCUCCUGCCAACCUAGCAGUUCGAAAGCAUGUCAAAGUACAAGUAGAUAAAUAGGUACCGCUCUGGCAGGAAGGUAAACGGUGCGCUGCUCUGGUUCUCCAGAUGCUGGCCACAUGACCCGGAAGCUGUAUGCCAGCUCCCUUGACCAGUAAAACGAGAUGAGCACCGCAACCCCAGAGUUGGCUACAACUGGACCUAAUGGACAGGGCUCCCUUUACCUUUUACAAUGCCUUCAUCCAGUACACCCUACAAACCCCCAGGCCCCACAUAUUUUGGCUCAAUCCCCUGACUCUCUGAACUUACAGACCUUCCCUGGUCUGCCUGGCAGUUCCUCUUACUCAUCUCGAGACGUGAUAUGUGGCCAACCCGUGCUCUUGGCUGUCAUGUCAAUCUGACGCCUUUCCACAGCUGUCAAAAUAAACUCUCUCUCUUUCCCCACCCCCGUCCCGGUUUUCUACCCUGGAGGAGAAACAGAUGGUCUGUAUCAGUCGCUUGUCGUUUCUGCUCCCUGGGGUGCAACACCCCCUUCUUUCCCUUCUCCCUCUUCCUCCCCCCACCCUCUGCCUACCAGGGGAGAAGAAGCAGAUUGCUCUUGCCAGACUUCCGAACAGAGUCCUUGCAGAAGGCAUACGGACUUAGAUUGAGGGCCACAUAAAAUUAGGCUGAUCUUAGGGUGUGUGAGUGUUGGGUGCAAAGGAGGAACCAGCUGGGGCACCCCCAAGGGGAGAAGGCUCAGCCUGGGGAGUAAUGGUGGGACAACAAUGAGUGGUCAGAGGGAGAAGAUAAAUGGUGCAGAUAAUCCUCAGCAAUGCUUAACUCUGUUGACUUUUCUGGCAGAUACCUGGCCAUCCGAUACCCGCUGCGGUCCCGGGAGUUGCGGACGCCCUGCAACGCAGUGGCAGCGAUGGCCGCCAUUUGGGGCCUCUCCGUGAUCUUUUCGGGGCCCUACCUGAGCUACUACGACCUGAUUGAAUGGGAGGGCAGCUACAUCUGUGUGCCAGGAUGGGAGGAAUGGCGGCGGAAGAUCAUGGACACCUGCACCUUCACUUUUGGCUACGUCAUCCCGGUGCUGAUUGUCAGCCUCUCCUACACGCGGACGAUUAAAUACCUGUGGACGGCGGUGGACCCCCUGGAGGACAUGUCCGAGUCUAAGAAGGCCAAGCGCAAAGUGACCAAGAUGAUCAUCAUCGUGACUGUCCUCUUCUGCCUCUGCUGGCUGCCCUACCACGUCGUCGUGCUGCGUUACCUCUACGGAGACUUCCCUUUCAACCAGACCACCUACGCCUUCCGGCUCCUCUCCCACUGCAUGGCCUAUGCCAACUCUUGCCUCAACCCCAUUGUCUACGCCCUGGUCUCCAAGCACUUCCGCAAAGGCUUCAAGAAGGUCUUCAGCUGCCUGCUGCGGAAGAAGGCCCGGAACAGGGUCCACGUUGUCCAUGCCGCUCAUACCGUCCACGGCUUCGAGGCAGGUUCCACAGAAGUCUCGCAGAUGAACGAGGACAACAAUGGGCAGCUGAAUGGAUGUGAACUGGAUGCAAGGUCUCUUGUGGUCCCCACAGGACCCGGCAGGACCCUCCAUAUUUCUUAA